UUUCUUGAGGAAGUUGUAUGAUCACGCUGAGGAAUGUCCUCGUUCUUACGACAAGCUCCAUUUCGAUCCUAGAGCCAUGAGAUCAGUAGAUAGUUCGAAACCUUUUCCUUCGUUUGCUCAUCAUCCCUCUAGGUGGCAGCUAGUUUCUUGGUGCAUCCCAUUUGACUUCUGCGACGAGGAUGUCUGCCGCAUCCGCAAUAAUAACGUGAUAAGCCCGCUUGACAUAUGGCCGUGGAAGUACCUUGUUCCAUGGAUGAGAGAAGACCUCUUUGCUCGGAGAGAUGCACGAAAACUCAAGGGAGGAGUUAUUAUUGAAGACGACAACCCGUAUGACAUGGAGGAGAUGCUGAUGCCACUGCACAAGUAUCUCGAUACCCCUACUGCUCAUGAUAUAAUCCACAAUGGAGCAACGUUUCAGAUUGCAGGAUUGACAAAUAAUUCCCAUUUAGCAGAAGCCCACGAGGUUCGGCAUUGUGUGCAGAAAUACAAAAACCUCGGUGAGCCUGUUCUCCAAGUGGCCAAGGUUAGCUAG